CAUGGCCAAGCAGGAUCUAAGAUUCUCACGCUGACAGAAUCAUUGUGGGUACUAUCUGCGGACUCGCUGACUUCCAGGUCAGUGCUUCCUGUGCAUGGUGGAUGUGGUGCCCGUGAAGAACGAAGAUGGCAUGGUGAUCAUGUUCAUCCUCAACUUUGAGGUCAUGAGCGAGGAGACACUGCAAGACGGCAAACAGGAGCUCAACCACCGCCUGCCCACCUGGCUCAUCACAGGUCGUCCCCGAGGCUUCAAGUUGCGUCUUCCCCUGCUGCGCUCCCUCUCCAAUAGUAAAGUGUCCUUGGACGACGCAGAGUCCGGCCGGAUCCCCGUUGCGACACCUCUGCACCCAGACGACGGCUGUCCCGAGUCCCUGGGCCUUGGAGAGUUCCUGCCCCUCCCUCCUUUACCGCCAAACCACUCGGAGCAGAUCUCUGGCAGCAGGUAG